GUGAAUCGUGAAGUUCUGAGGGAAGCUGCUUGAUCAACUCUUAUUCAAAACUUUGGACAGACUUAUUUAACUUCAGUUUUUACAAGCUGAAUCUGUAGUCUCCUGACGAAGCCUGUUCGUACGGGUUACGUGGCUUCCAGUCGAGUGUGAAGUGGCGUUUAAAGGGCUCCUCAUGGCAUUAUUUUGGGCGAGAGAGCAGUAAUUAGCAGAGCCCUGUUGAUCAGAUCAGCCAGAGGUCGCAGAACUGCAGUGUAAGCGUCAGGACUGUAAGAUGACGGAGUAUAAGUUGGUUGUUGUGGGAGCAGGUGGUGUUGGGAAGAGUGCUUUAACCAUCCAGCUCAUUCAAAAUCACUUUGUGGAUGAAUAUGACCCUACUAUUGAGGACUCUUACAGGAAGCAGGUGGUGAUUGACGGUGAGACGUGUCUGCUGGACAUCCUGGACACUGCAGGGCAGGAAGAGUACAGCGCAAUGAGGGACCAGUACAUGAGGACAGGAGAGGGUUUCCUCUGUGUCUUUGCCAUAAACAACCUCAAAUCCUUCGCCGAUGUGCAUUUGUACAGGUCCGUAAGCUGAUGAAAGGGGUUUCAGUUGUAUUUUAUGAAUCAUCUGGAUUUUAAAGAGGUCAUG